GGACCGUUUAGGAAGCAAGUGGCCUCUCCCAAGGCACGGGAUAAGGGGAUGAGCUCUUGGGAGAGCUGGACACGGGGAAUCAUCCCCGUUCCUCCAUAAAUUAUCGUGUGGGAUCCCUGCUGGGGAGCUGGGGGAGAGAGAGGGUGGUUCCAACCUUGGAAGGAGACGGGAAGAAUCCCAAAAUCCUGCCUGUGCCAGCGGGUCACCUCCAGAGGGCUGAUCCCUGUCCCUGUGCUGCAGCUGAUUCCCGAGGCAGGGAUGUUCCCUGGAUGCUCCCUGAUUGCAUCAGGAGCCAGCCCUGCUUCCCAGGCUUCUGGGCCGACCGCACCCCGGUGCACGAGGCGGCGCGGCGCGGGGAGAUCCUGCAGCUGCAGCAGCUCAUCGAGAGCGGGGCCUGCGUCAACGCCGUCACCUACGACUCCAUCACGCCCCUGCACGAGGCCAGCCUGCGGGGACAGACCCAGUGUGUCAAACUGCUGCUGGAUGCGGGGGCACAGGUGGACGCCAGGAACAUCGACGGCAGCACCCCCCUGUGCGACGCCUGUGCCUCGGGGAGCAUCGAGUGUGUCAAGGUGCUGCUGUCCCACGGUGCCAAGGUGAACCCCCCCCUCUACACGGCCUCCCCUCUCCAUGAAGCCUGCAUGAAUGGCAGCCCCGAGUGUGUCCAGCUCCUCAUCGACGUCGGCGCCAACCUGGAGGCUCACGACUGUCACUUCGGGACUCCCCUGCACGUGGCCUGUGCCAGGGAACACCUGGACUGUGCCAAGCUGCUGCUCAAGGCAGGGGCCAACGUGAACGCGGCCAAGCUGCACGAGACGGCCCUUCACCACGCGGCCAAGGUGAAGAACGUGGACCUGGUGGAGAUGCUGGUGGAGUUCGGGGGGAACAUCUACGCCAGGGACAACCGGGGCAAGAAGCCCUCGGAUUACACCUGGAGCAGCAGCCCCACGGCCAAGUGCUUCGAGUACUACGAGAGUAAGUGAGGGGAAAAGCCUGGGAAUU